AUGGCCUUCUUCCCUCGCAACUUCUACAACACCUCUUCCGACGCCUCCUUUACCCCACUUUUCCGCCUCCUCGAGGACUUUGACAACUACUCUCGCGCUGGCGGCGCCAAUGGCAACAGUGGCUCUCGCGGCACUCACCGCAACCAUGUCCCGACCUUCCAGCCAAAGUUUGAUGUCCGCGAGGUCGAUGACGCCUACGAGCUGCAUGGCGAGCUCCCCGGUAUGAAGAAAGAAGAUGUCUCGAUCGAGUUCACCGACCCACACACCCUCCACAUCCGCGGCCGCGUCGAGAGGUCGUACACCGCCGGCAACCCACCCGCGGGAUUCCUCCAGGGAGCCGAGAUGAGCGGUGCCAUCACCGACGGGAAUGAGAAGAAAUCCCGCCCUGCGUCACACCAGCCUACUGUCGAGGAUGAGAAGGACGACGACAGUAACUCAACGGCGCAGCCUACGCCCGCAACGACUGUCGCCGAGGUCGACAGGUCCGCCGCCCUCGGCAAGAAAGAGCCGGCCGACAACGCCAAGUACUGGGUCUCAGAGCGCAGCAUCGGCGAGUUCAGCCGCAUCUUCAACUUCCCCGGCCAGAUCUCACAGGACGCCGUCUCGGCCAGCUUCAAGGAUGGUAUCCUUUCGAUUCGCGUGCCCAAGGCGCCCAAGCACGAAACCCGCCGCAUCCAGGUCAACUAA